AAAAAAACUACUAGUUUUUGACUUUUUUUGUUUAUAUAGAAAUUUCAUUUAAUUUUAGUUUUUCAUUUAUUAUUGACCAUAAUAUUUGCAUUUUGAUAAUUAAACUGGUGUAUUACGAUAUUCUAAAUUGUUUGUUAAGAACCGUUUUGAGUGACUUCAAGGAAUAAAAGUUCAGAAUAAAGCGCAAGAAGUACCUAACUAUUUAUAGUAUUUUGAAUUAGUGGUGAAAAAUGCCUGGCAUUGCUACCAUGUCUUUGGACAAUAUGUUUUGUACCCGAUGCGGGGAUGGUUUUGAACCGAAUGAGAAAAUUGUGAACUCCAACGGUGAACUUUGGCAUACAGGCUGUUUUGUAUGCGCACAGUGUUUCCGAGUCUUUCCAGAUGGAGUAUUUUAUGAAUUUGAAGGUCGAAAAUACUGCGAGCGUGACUUUCAAGUGCUGUUUGCACCUUGCUGUGGAAAGUGUCGUGAGUUUGUGAUUGGUCGUGUGAUAAAAGCCAUGAACUCGAACUGGCACCCGGCGUGCUUCCGCUGCGAGGAGUGCGGCGUGGAGCUGGCGGACGCGGGGUUCAUCAAGCACGCGGGGCGCGCGCUGUGCCACGCGUGCAACGCGCGCGUCAAGGCUGACGGCUUGCAGAACUACAUCUGCCAUAAAUGCCACGGCGUGAUCGACGGCGAGCCGCUGCGGUACCGCGGCGAGGUGUACCACGGGUACCACUUCGCGUGCGCCACGUGCGGCGUGGAGCUCGACCACACCGCCAGGGAGGUCAAGAACCGACCCGGCUACGCGGCCAAUGACGUCAACAAUCUCUUCUGCCUGCGUUGUCACGACAAGAUGGGCAUCCCCAUCUGCGGCGCGUGUCGCCGCCCCAUCGAGGAGAGGAUCGUCACCGCGCUCGGCAAGCACUGGCACGUUGAGCAUUUCGUAUGUGCCAAGUGCGAGAAACCGUUCCACGGACACCGCCACUACGAGAAGAAGGGGCUGGCGUACUGCGAGCAGCACUACCACCAGCUGUUCGGCAACCUGUGCUACGUCUGCAACCAGGUCAUCGCGGGAGACGUGUUCACUGCGCUGAACAAGGCGUGGUGCGUGCACCACUUCGCGUGCGCGGUGUGCGACACGGCGCUCAGCACGCGCAGCAAGUUCUACGAGUAUGACGAGCGCCCCGCCUGCCGCCGCUGCUACGAGCGCCUGCCCGCCGAGCUGCGCCGCCGCCUGCGCCGCGCGCACCACUACACCGUGCGCCGCUGAGCAAGCGCUGCACCCUGUGCGUGGAGGAGCACAAGCCACAACUCUCCCUACACCGUGGGCCGCCACUAGCUUGCGCUGGAAGCCCAUCCCGCCCUCCACUUAUGUUCCGGGUAGUAAAUGCUCAGAUACGCCAUGCUUCGGUGCAUCUAACCGUAACAUGCACCGCGGGUGAAUUAAUUUGAGUAUUCAUUUAACUUAUUUAGUUUUUUGACAGUUGUUAUUGUUAGAUCCGUGGUCUUAUUACAAACAAUGACGCAGUUUAAACCCAUGCAUUGAACAGAAUAGACAAGGAUUCUAGUAUAAACAAGGUAAACACGACAAUGGUAUCAUUUCUCUCCAACACAAGCUCUAAACUAAAUUGAGACGUCUAAAUAUAGUGCUAUCCUUUUCAAUGUGUUAUUAACUAAAAAGGAUAACAUAAUUAAAUUAUAAACUUUUCAAUUUAGUUGAAAGUUUGUGCACAUCAGAAUUGGUAUCAACUAUUUCAAACAAUUAUUGUUUCCGCAAUAUACCUGCCACAUAUUUUAUUCAUUAUACUUUUAUAUGCUCCAUACUGCAUUUUUAUAACGAAUAAAUUCAUACAGUUAUUUAGCUUUAAGUAUAUUUUGCCUAAUUUAACACACUAAUAUAGGGAUAAAUUAAAUGCCAUGCCACACAAGGCAAAUAAAUGUAUGUAAUCUAUAUUAAUGUAAUGUUAUAAAUGCGAAAGUGUAUGUUUGUCUCUUACCGUUUUACGACUAAAACCAAUUGGAAAUCUUCCUGGAAACAGACAGACCGAAGCUUAUUAAUAUCCCGGGAAAUCAAAGAGUUACCUGUGUGACCGAUUUUGAUGAAAUUUGAUAAAUAUAGUUAAGUCUCUGGCAUCAUUUAUUUAUUUUUAAACAGUCAUAAUUGUCUGCAAUUUGAUUCAAUAACCAAAAUGAAUAAUUUUAUUUUUAAUGUCGUAACACUAAUAAGUAGUUUUAGUCAGUGUUAAAUGUUGAUGAAUGAUCUUAAGUGCCUUUAAUAAAUAAUUAUAUUGUAAUCUGUUUUAAAAUGAAACAACCUCAAUGUAAUAAUGUAAAUGAUAAGACUUACUAAAUGUUUAUUAAAAUUUUAAUAAUUAUAUUUUAAUCAAUGGUGCUUAAUGUUUUGAAUAUAAUGAUUGGACUA